UACCAGUUAUCAAGUAUCGAAAAGAAAUCAAUUUGUGUAAAAUCGGAAAAGAUGCAGUUCGUCGUCACAUCACUCCUUCUCGCUGCCACGGCAAGCGCUGCCCCCAGUCCCAUGUGGGGUACCUCAGGCCUCAAAGCCAACCUCAAAGCUCGCGCAGAAGCUUUCACCGUCGUUGUCGGUGGACCUCAAGAUACCUUUGUUCCCAACACCAUGACUGCAGCAGUUGGAGACAUCAUCCAGUUCCAGUUCUCCAACGGUAACCACACGGCAACGCAGUCCACACUUGAAGCUCCAUGCACCGCUCUCGAGGGCGGAGUCCACAGCGGCCACAUCCCAUUCCAAGACGGCCAGACCGACGUAGGCACGUUCAGCAUGCCUGUUACCAGCACGGAGCCUAUGUUCAUCUUCUGCGCCACUGGUCCCCACUGUCAAGAAGGACAAGUCAUGGUCAUCAAUCCUGCAAGCUCGCUCCAAGUCGUUGACUUUGUCCGAAACGCCCAAGCUACCGAAAAGAGCGUCGAUGGAACCGCUGUCAUCGGUGGAACCGCAAGCAAAGUAGCACUUGAUGCCGCUGCAUUCGUGCCCGCUCCACCAGAGGAUGCGGCUGCUGCUCCCCCACCUCCUCCUGCCGCUGAAGCUGCCCCUCCCGCCGCUGAGGCCGCUCCGCCAGCUGAGACCGCCCCUGCCGCACCCGCAGCUUCAGCCGACCCUGCUGCCAACGCGACGGUGGUCGUGGUCGCUCACCCCUAA